AUGAAGGAAGUUAACGAAAUAGAAAGUCAAAGAAGAGUACAGUACAAGAUCAGCAUCGCUGAGGACGUCAACAUAGCUGAGGACGUCAACAUAGCUGAGGACGUCAGUAUAGCUGAGGACAUCAACAUAGCUGAGGACGUCAAGAGAACUGAGGACGACGUCAACAUAGCUGAGGACGUCAACACAGCUGAGGACGUCAACACAGCUGAGGACGUCAACAUAGCUGAGGACGUCAACAUAGCUGAGGACGUCAACAUAGCUGAGGACGUCAACAUUGCUGAGGACGUCAACAUUGCUGAGGACGUCAACAUUGCUGAGGACGUCAACAUUGCAGAGGACGUCAACAUAGCUGAGGACGUCAACAUGGCUGAGGACGUCAACAUGGCUGAGGACGUCAGUAUAGCUGAGGACGUCAACAUAGCUGAGGACGUCAACAUAGCUGAGGACGUCAACAUAGCUGAGGACGUCAACAUAGCUGAGGACGUCAACAUAGCUGAGGACGUCAACAUAGCUGAGGACGUCAACACAGCUGAGGACGUCAACACAGCUGAGGACGUCAACAUAGCUGAGGACGACGUCAAUAUAGCUGAGGACGUCAACAUAGCUGAGGACGUCAACAUAGCUGAGGACGUCAACAUAGCUGAAGACGUCAACAUAGCUGAAGACGUCAACACAGCUGAGGACGUCAACAUAGCUGAGGACGUCAACACAGCUGAGGACGUCAACACAGCUGAGGACGUCAACAUAGCUGAAGACGUCAACACAGCUGAGGACGUCAACAUAGCUGAGGACGUCAACAUAGCUGAGGACGUCAACAUAGCUGAAGACGUCAAGACAGCUGAGGACGUCAACAUAGCUGAGGACGUCAACAUAGCUGAGGACGUCAACAUAGCUGAGGACGUCAACAUAGCUGAGGAAGCCAACAUAGCUGAGGACGUCAACACAGCUGAGGACGUCAACACAGCUGAGGACGUCAACAUAGCUGAGGACGUCAACAUAGCUGAGGACGUCAACAUAGCUGAGGACGUCAACAUAGCUGAGGACGUCAACAUAGCUGAGGACGUCAAUAUAGCUGAGGACGUCAAUAUAGCUGAGGACGUCAAUAUAGCUGAGGACGUCAAUGUGGCUGAGAACGUCAUCACAGCUGAGGACGUCAACACAGCUGAGGACAUCAUCACAGCUGAGGACAUCAACACAGCUGAGGACAUCAACACAGCUGAGGACAUCAACACAGCUGAGGACGUCAACACAGCUGAGGACGUCAACACAACUGGGGACGUCAACACAGCUGAGGACGUCAACACAGCUGAGGACGUCAACACAGCUGAGGACAUCAACAUAGCUGAGGACAUCAACACAGCUGAGGACAUCAACACAGCUGAGGACAUCAACACAGCUGAGGACAUCAACACAGCUGAGGACAUCAACACAGCUGAGGACAUCAACACAGCUGAGGACAUCAACACAGCUGAGGACAAUUCAGUGAGCUGGCUAUGA